CGCAAGGUGCGCGCUGCUGUGCCGUGCUCGCCCGUCCCGGCGCGCCGCUCGCCACGGCUGCCCGGUGCGCGCCGCCGCCCCGCCCGCCGGGCCAUGGACUCGGACGCCAGCCUGGUUUCCAGCCGCCCGUCCUCGCCGGAGCCCGAUGACCUCUUCCUCACGGCCAGGAAUAAAGGCAGCGGCGGGGGCUUCACGGGCGGCACCGUGUCCAGCUCCACGCAGAGCGACUCGCCGCCGGAGCUGAGCGCCGAGCUGCGCAGCGCCAUGAGCGCUGCGGGGGUGGUGGUGGUGGACAAGCUGGGCUUCAAGUCCUCCUCGUCGUCCUCGUCGUCGUCGUCCUCUUCCUCCUCCAAGAAGGACAAGAAGCAGAUGACGGAGCCGGAGCUGCAGCAGCUGCGGCUGAAGAUCAACAGCCGGGAGCGCAAGAGGAUGCACGACCUGAACAUCGCCAUGGACGGGCUGCGGGAGGUGAUGCCCUACGCGCACGGCCCGUCGGUGCGCAAGCUCUCCAAGAUCGCCACGCUCCUCCUGGCGCGCAACUACAUCCUCAUGCUCACCAACUCCCUGGAGGAGAUGAAGCGCCUGGUCAGCGAGAUCUACGGCGGCCACCACGCCGGCUUCCACCCCGCCGCCUGCCCCGGCGGCAUGGGCGCGCACUCGGCGCCGCUGCCCGGCCACCCGGCGCACCCGGCCUCGCACCCCGUGCACCACCCCAUCCUGCCCCCCGCCGCCGUCUCCAGCGCCUCCCUGCCCGGCUCCGGCCUCUCCGCCGUCAGCUCCAUCCGGCCCCCGCACGGCCUCCUCAAGUCGCCCUCGGCCGCCGCCGCCGCCGCCCCGCUGGGCAGCGGCUUCCAGCACUGGGGCGGGAUGCCGUGCCCCUGCAGCAUGUGCCAGGUGUCGGCCCCGCCGCACCACCACGUCUCCGGCAUGGGCACGGCCAGCCUGCCCAGAUUAGCCACCGACACCAAAUGAGCCCCCGGGCGGGGCGGCCCCGCCGCGCCCCCGGCGCCCCCAGGACCUACAGACGCUGCCCCGGCGGCGGCGGGAGGGGACGGAGCCGGCCCGGGGUCUGCCCCGCUCCCCGAGCCCCCGGCACGAGCAAAGCCCCGCGCACCUCCUGCGGCUUUGAUUUUGCGGCGUUGCGGGAGCUGCGGAGGAGGGGAGGGCGCGGGGCCGCUGCCCGAGGGGCCAGCGCUGCCCCGGGGCUCUGGCUCGGUGUCCCGGGUUGACACUCCGUUAUUCGUUCCUGCGCUCCUUCCCUCCCCUCUCCCCCCCGUUUGUACACACAGAGCCCCCCGAGCCGCUCCGGGGGGAUCCCCGCCAGCCCACCCGGGGGGCUCAGCCGGGAGUGCCGGGCUCUGCCCGCUGCCGGGGCCGCCCCGGUUUUCUCUCGCCGCGGGAUUUGUAAAUAGACGAUAAGGACGCGAGUCCGCUCUGCCUGAGCUUCCGUCCGUGCACUUGUUCUGUGUCAGCCUCAUGAGUGAAAAGGGGUCGGUUCGCCUUGCUUUCCUUCCUUUUGGGUUCUUGGGGUUUGUCGGGUUGUUUUACUUUUAAGAGUAUAACACGUUUGUUUCGGUUUUUUUUUUUUUUGUUUUGGUUUUUUUUGGUUUUUUUUUUACGUUCCUGCCACCUUUAACAAAGUCUGAACUCUUUAAUGCUCUUUCUGUGUAGGAACUUUCACCCUGUCCGUGUUGCAAUACUGAGAACUUGGGCUUGUUUCUGAAAUAACAACUUUUCUUAUCGCUGCCCCUCGCAGAGAUUUUAUCAUCUGUUUAUUUUUGUAAAAAAAAAAAAGCAAAAAACAAACAAAAAAGAAAAAGGAAA